UGUCUGCAAAGCAUUGUGGGAUCCUUUAUGCUUUCAGCCCUCUGCGGCUCCUCCCCCAGGAGGUGGCGGCUUAUCACAUAUAAGUCUGCUGUUUCAAGCUCCUGUUUAGCUACUCAUUGCUUUCCUGGAUACCGACUCGGCUUUGGCUAAGACUCCUCCUGGCUUCUGACCCCGGCUCUGGCGACCAUUCCUCCUGGCUCCUGAUCCCGGCUCUGGCGACGAUUCUUCCUGGUUCUUGACCCCGGCUUUGGCUACGAUUUCCGCUGUUGGACUUGCACAGACUCGUGUCUUAUUUUUAUAGUAA